GCAACAAUGCGCUGACGUGCAGGUCCCCAAAAGUUCCCCUCACGGAAGCCUCAAUCCACUAUCAACGUUGUGCUAACGUCAUGUCACGAAUCCUAGCGAACUGCCCGUACUCAAGGUCGGCGAGAUGUGAAACCUCGAGUCGUCGUCGCUGAAAAUGUCAACUGCUACAAGAGAUAACACCAAAACGGCCGAUCAUGCCUUGGGUCGAUGUGGCUGAACACAAUCCUUGGCUGUCUUCUGAAGAUGAAGGUGCCUCUACAUAUACGGCGCCAACGAUCAAGGAAGAGCCUCGUGGUGUUGUCGUCUUGGAAAUCCCCUCUUCUUCUCCAUCGCCUAUUCCUAAGGGUCAAGAUGUUCAGGUUGUUCCCGAGUUGCCCGGUACACACCUACCAGCUCCCAUCGCCGCGCCUAAUGACCGGGCUGCUUCCUCACAUUCAUCUCCGUCAAACUCCCAUACGAAUACACCCAGACCUACAACUCCUGCUGGCCCUUCUGUUGUGAAUGGUGGUGAAGGUCCAUAUAAUGAAAAAGGUCGUUAUGGAACUCCUUCCCAUGCACAUACAAGCCAGUCAUUUGCUGUCCGCAACAGUUCCUCCCCUGUUGCUGCUGUUUCCGAACUCAAGAGACACUCAUCAAGCGAGAGUCUCUCGCCUGCUCCAACAGAGGACGGUGGUAUUGACGACGACGACGACGACGACGACGACGAUGACAAGGACGGUACCGAACUAAAGAGUCAUGUCCGCGAUCCACCUUGCUUUCUAUGUGUCGUCAAGACUAUGCGUGGGAAGGACAGUGUAUGUUAUGGCCCUGCUAUUAUCAAUCAUGAACGGCGGACAUGCGUGAAUUGUAAAAAGUGUAGGAGGCGUUGCGAUCCUUCCCCUGAGCUGGUCCUCCAAAGCUUUCAGGCUUGGAAGGCUGAGCGUAGCGGAACGGUUGCGUCUGAGCGAGCGAUGAAAACGCUCAAAGCUACAUGCGCUGCGUAUCGCAAUCUUCAACAGCUUGUUAAAGUUGGGAUGGUGCCCAACUCUACAGUGGAAACCCUACUAUCCGGAGGCGAUCCCUUCCUGCCUGAAGUACCGUCGCGAGCUGAGUUUACUGCUCUGAUGAGACGGGUGAAAUCCCUGGAGGCAAGCCUGCAACGUCAAAACGUUCUUCGAGGACAUUCAGGAGCAAGAACAAAAAAAGCCGGACGCCGCAAGCCUGACGAAGUCAAGAAGGACGAAAAGGACCCAGAAUUGCCCGACCACGAAGAUGAGGAGAGCUAUGAUGAAGAGACUGAAGACGAAUGGUUACCGUAGCCGGUCACUCUAAUGAAUCUGCAGCUGCUUCAUCUCAGCACACUUCAUCACAGUAGUAUUUUCUCUUCAUCACGUCCCGCUCACGGCUAUCUCCGCGAAAUCGGUAGCUGGGUAGACUCAAAUCAGUCCCUGGAUAGACUAAACCCACUUUUUUGGGCGCGCAGCCAUCUGUGCCCGUCAACCGCGUAAAACUUAGAGGG